UGUCAAAUUGCUUUGAUGAAGUUUGGUCUUCUUUCAGUCAUUCGUGAUAUUUGAUAGAUUUUUAAUGCGUGUGAGAAUAUUGUGUAUUAAUUUAAUUAAGCUUUAUUUUCACUAUAUAAAUUUAUUUUCUUGACAUAUUGGAGCCUUUCGAAAAUGUUAAGACGUAAUAAAUUAUAAAAAUUUGUAUUUGUGUGAAUAGUGUUUAAGAAAACGAAAAAUGGAAAAUUGGUGUCGAUAGAUUUUCAAAUAAAAAAUAUAUCAAUAGUAACUGAGUAACAUUGUCUCCUCUCCAGUUCAUCUGCGGUACCAUAUAAAAAAUAUAUAAGCGGAUAUUUUUUUGAUUUGUUUCCACAAACCAUAAAACGCAGUGGUUCGAUUACCAAGAGGAUUGUGAUUAACAGUGAAAGUUUUUACCUGUUUAAAAAACGUAAUAUAAAACAAAGCUCGACUUUGACUGCGUAACAAAUGGAACUGAGUAACAUUGAGCGCUCCACAUAAAACACGGGCCUUUAAGUAUGGUGUGUCCAUUGCUAAAAUUACUACGCUUUCCUAGACAUAACAGUGACGACGAAUAGCAGCAUAUUUCUUCUACUCAUUUCUUUCUUGACUUUAAUUUAUUGUUACUGCCAUUUUAUAAUCCUCAGUGCUAAACGUAGCUAUUUUGUUAUUUGGAAGUCGAUUGUUGUUUGUGAGAGCAGGUCGCAAUUUAGCUCAAUUUACGUCAUUAUAUUGAGCGGAAAGUGAACGGAAUUGCGAACGAUCGCACCAUCGCCAACAGUUGGUCUACGCGCCACCGGUACCAUACCACUGCCGCUACAAUCGAUCGGCCAAAAACUUGUCGUUACGGUGUUACUAUUGUUGUAACUUUUUUUUUGUGAUAAAUGUAUUUUUUGUAUAUAUUUUGUAAUCAAUAUUUCUACUGAAUACGGGUAAAUAUUUGUUUUUACAUCCUCAAAAUAGUGUAAAAGUGAAGUGGAGAUACUGUAUAGAAACUACAGUUAAUAUAUUUAGUUCUAAAAGAAAGAUAUCGCAAAGCUGACAACAAAAUGGGUCUUUUAAUUUCAAAAUUAUGGAGCAUGUUUGGCAAUGAAGAGCACAAAUUAGUAAUGGUUGGCUUAGAUAAUGCUGGCAAAACCACAAUACUCUAUCAAUUCCUUAUGAAUGAAGUCGUACACACCAGCCCCACAAUCGGCUCCAACGUGGAGGAGGUGGUGUGGCGGAAUAUACACUUCCUGGUGUGGGAUUUGGGCGGACAACAGAGUUUGCGCGCCGCCUGGAGCACUUACUAUACAAACACAGAGUUUAUUAUUAUGGUCAUCGAUUCGACGGAUCGCGAACGCUUGGCUGUUACGCGCGAGGAACUGUAUCGCAUGCUGCAGCAUGAAGACCUGUGCAAAGCCAGUCUAUUAGUUUAUGCAAAUAAACAGGAUCUCAAGGGUGCUAUGUCAGCUGCGGAAAUUUCACGUCAAUUGGAUUUAACCUCGAUUAAGAAACAUCAAUGGCAUAUACAGGCGUGUUGCGCGCUAACUGGCGAGGGGCUUUAUCAGGGGCUCGAGUGGAUCGUUCAGCGCAUCAAAAAGAAAUGACAGACGUCAAAUAUGGACUGCGAUAGUAUAUAGCUAAUUAAAUAAUAUAAUUUUAUAUAUGUAUGUAUGUAAAGAAUCUUUAUGGUAACAAAAUGUAAUAAAAACAUUAAGAAAAAAUAGAAAAUAACGAAACAAAAAAAGAAACAAAAAAAACUAAAAUUAAACAUACAUUACAUUGAAGCGAAUAAGUUAAUAUUUUUUUUAAAAUAAGUUUAUAUAAAAAAGUGAAUAAAACCGUUUGUAUAUCAAAAAUAAAAUUUAUGUGAGCGCAGCCUGAUAUAUUUGUAGGUUGCAAGCAGACAGAGUUGCAUAAAGUUUAGCGGAAAGUCAUAACGAAAAACCCUUUAGCAGCGAGUGACUGCUCUGUAAGCGCUUAGUUUAGUUUAAGCAAUGUUGUUUCACAUUUAAGUUGCAAAAUAUAUACAUAACACUUAUUAAAAAUUUGCGCGUUAGUUUAAAUUUUCUAAAUUGCGCUCCUCAAAUUAUAGUUUAUAAUUACAUUUUUAAUGCUUAAAAUAAUUUUGGUAAUUUUAAAAUUUUCAUUUGGAUAUUGUUGCUAUUUUUAAUUGUUAACGAUUCACCAGCAAACACAUUAUAUUUAAUGAAUGAGUGAUUUAGUGCUAAAUACAAUGCGACAGCUAUUAUAUAAAUGUAUAAAAUAUAUAUACGCAUGUAUGUAUCUGAACAAAAACAACAAAUUAUGUUGUGACACGCCUGCUAUUCGAACAGUAGAUCAGUUGUAUAGGUUCUUAGUGAAGCGUGUUUGAUUAAUUAAACGUUUGCAUGUAUUGUCUUUAUAGAAAAUUGAAUCUUCCAUUAAAUAAUCAUAAUCAUUAUGUUAAAUAUUGAUAUAGUAUAUAUAUAUAUAUAUACAUAAAUAAAUAUGUAUAAGUGUAAUAACACUAAACUGAGCGUGUGCACAACGCACUAGUUACAAUUACACAAACAUUUUUUUCAAUAAUUGUGUAGCAGCAGGUUUGUACAACUAAUUUGCCUACUUAAAAACAUACAUACAUAUGUAUUUACAGUAAUAAACCAGCAUUCUACAUUCGCCUGCUGCGUUUAAUAAAGUCGCAAUAGUAACGAAAAAGUAAGCAAUAGUGAGCGAUUAUUAAUCGAAAUGUAUUUCAAAAUAUUUCUAAAGCAACGAAGUAAGAAACGCUCACUUGCUUGCUCUUUGCCACCGUGCAGUAACUUUAUGUAUAGUUUUUUACAUAGCGAAACAGUGAGAUUUACUUAGCACAGAGAUGUCAUUUGCCAAAAUAAUUACAAAAAGUGAAAAAUAUAAUUAAAUCAAAUAAAUAAAUAAUAUGUCUAUUUGUAAGUAAGUUUAACCAAAUUAAGCGAUUUUUAAGAGAAAAGUUAUGCAAAUGCAAUAAAUAAAAACAAAUAUUAAUUUUA